AUGCUAUUAUUGUACUCUACCAACUUGUCAGGUCAUUCUUGUUAUUGCUAUUUGGAUCACGAUAUCGAUAUGCCCGGCGUGCGCGAUUCCGAUUCCUCCCUUGUCGCAUCGGACAUAAAGCAAUCCCGCUCCAAGUCCUCUAAAGCCCCUCGCAGAAGAGAAAUCGUCAUACAGAUAUUUGCCCCGGCUGCACGAGACAGCUUCUCAGGUCAUCAUGACUAUGCAAAAUCCCCGACUCUUGCUCUAACCCACCGCGAUCCUAGUGAAGAUGAUGUUAUCAGCGACGGCGAGAGGAACAAUGGAAGGCGGUCUGGACUUGAAUACCGCGUUCCUGAAAUCAGAGUAUCGACUGUCGAGGAAGCUCCAGUCCGAGAAUCUCGGAGCACCAGCCGAUCCAGACAAACAACACCCUCAGUGCGCGCGGAGACGACUUGUGGAACUGUGUAUUCAGACGGUGGUUCAGACACAGCUCGCCGUUCGCCUAGCUCGUUGAGGCGACGGGAAAGAAGGAGAAUCUACGCGCAAAAGCCGCCGGAAAGAGGCGAACAUCCUUUAAAGACGGAAGUCAAAUACGAAUCAGAUCGAUCCGAGAAAUCAGGAUACUCUCCGCAACGCAGCCCCUACGAAUUGACAAUUAAUCCACCCAAACGACAACGUUCGAGAAAAUAUUAUUGCCAUGAAAGCAAGGAUACAGAACCGUUGGAACCACCUGCGAUGAUUGAUACGGAAGCGCACGACCUGGGAAUCCCUUCGAAACACGAAAGUAAUGUGCGCGACCAAGUUGAUGAUGCUCAUGGUCCUGCGCACAGUCUAUCCCUUGAGCAAUUCCGCAAAGAGAUUGGUUGGCCAGUGGAUUAUCCUGAAGACCCCGAUCAUCAACGACUCUCGGGGGUGUCCACAGCGUCGACUGUGGAAGCCGUGAUUGUCGAUCCUGUGCGAUCGACCAAACCAAUAUUACGACAUACGGAGAAGCGACCUUCACUGCGCUCGGCCAGUUCACCUGUCACGAAGCUGGAGCGUGCGUCGAUGACCUCGGGUUCCGACACGCAACAUCGAUUAGUGCACAAAGCAGCCCGUAUUACGGACGAAGACCGCAGAAAUAUUGCGCCUGAAAUGUCUAUUCCCGCGGCACCAGCAUCCGAGGCACCGCACCCGAAUGUUGAUGUAGUUCCUGUGGUUGUCAUACCGGAGCGGCAUUCGUCCUUGAGGGCUUCGCCUUCAACUUCUACCAGUAGGAACCCGUCGAAGGCUUCUUCUCAGCGGUCGCGUCGGCGUGCAACCACAGCACCAGGGAACAGAGCUAGCUCUUUGGGCCCUCCGCGAAAAGCGGGUUCGGUUGCUCAGGGUUGUCGGCCUGUUAUACCCCCGCGCAGGUCCUCAUUGUCAGCGCCCACGAGUGCAAACAACUCACGGGCUACGUCUCUCACAUCAGAGAGUCUUCGUAGUCAUACACUAGCCAUGGAGGAUGCCGAGAGGCGCAAACAUCAAGUAGAGCAACCUCUACUCGAACCUCCGCGCCAAACUUCACGCCCCAAUUCCCACAUGUCUGACACUAAGACGCAGUCGAUUUUAAUCGGAAUUGAGGAUACGUCUGACCUCCUUAGCCCUUCGAUGCCUUUCAGCUUAGGCUCCAUGCCUUCAUCCCCAGGGUGGGAACUUAAUGAGGCCAAGGCUGUGAGCCUCUACCCCCAUAACAAUGAAUCGCUCCUGGUCAUCGACCAGCAGAAGCGCAGAGAGAAGGAAGCUUCUCAGGCUCAGCGCCGACAGAAAACAGCCAAGCCUCAGGCUAAGCCUCAACAGUAUAUUAGUCCACCUAUUCAAGUCAGCCCACCGACUCCACCCAAGGAACUCGAACAGGAUUCGCGUACUAGCAAGAAGCAGGAGCCGACGGUCCGCAGAUUUGGAUCUCUGCGACGUGCUUGGACCGUUCGAUCUCGUCCACGAGCCACCGACACACUCAAACGGUCCUUCUCAAUGUCCGCAACGAACUGCAAGGCCGGAAAAGACCGAUUCUGGCGCCUCCACAACUCCACUGAACCCAGCACGAAGCCGCCCUCACCCUUCCAAACCGGCAACAAAAAUGAACACGUCGUCAAGAACUCUCUCGGAAUGCCUCAACCCUGUGUGGUAAUCAACGGCCCCGACGUCCACCCACGCCACCAAGCCCGUCCGUCAAGGUCAGAAACGCGGAAACGCAGCCGCCUCUACGACCCAUCUCUCAACCGCAGCACCAUCGCACUUGGAAACACCCUCAACAGCCCCGGAUUCCUCAACCGCACCACCCGCGCCUCGCCCCUACGCCGACGUAGCUUCCACUUAGUUUCCAUGAUGGGAUAUAGGAUUCGGUUCGCGGCGAUGCAGAAACGGUUGCGGCGGAAGAUGCAGCUGCGUGAGGAGCAGAAGCAUGAAGCUAGACGGGAGAAGCUGAAGCAGAGCAUUGGGGAUGUUGUGCAGGUGCAGUCGAGUGCUGGGAAUGCGGUUUUGCCGCGGGGGUUGUGA